UAAUUGAAACGAAUGAAACAGUUUCUAAAUAAUUUCGUGUAGUAAAAGAAAGUGUCAAAAAGAAGAUAUUGAAAUAAUAAAGUUUCAUUGUUUAAAAAAAAAUAUUCAACGUAUCUCAAAGUUAUUAUUUAAUAUCACGCAUUAUUAUUCAUGUCUCUGCCGAACCGUUCCGAACAAUAACUUUUUCGAAACAGAGGGGAAGGGAAAAGGUGAUUGUCGAACAUCUGUCACCAAGCGAAGACUACGUCUGACUACGUCUAUGAGCUCGAAAAACCGCAACACCAUCAUGGCAUCUGCUUUUGUGAUUUUUUGAAGAGUGCUAACUACAUAUAUUCUAUAAACUAGUAUUAAAUAAGUUUCUUUUCUAGAAAGGAAUUGUUUUUUUUUUUCGUAUUUUGAAUCAGAAUCAUGAGCUCUGGUAGACCUAUCAAAUGCGUUGUAGUAGGAGAUGGAACAGUUGGAAAAACAUGUAUGUUAAUAUCAUAUACCACAGACAGUUUCCCUGGAGAAUAUGUACCAACUGUAUUUGAUAAUUAUUCAGCACCCAUGGUGGUGGAUGGAAUUCCUGUAAGCUUAGGACUUUGGGACACGGCAGGCCAAGAAGACUAUGACAGACUUCGGCCUCUCUCUUAUCCACAGACUGAUGUAUUUCUUAUAUGUUUUUCUGUAACAAGUCCUUCGUCUUUUGAAAAUGUUACUAGUAAAUGGUAUCCAGAAAUAAAACACCACUGCCCAGAUGCACCGAUGAUACUUGUUGGAACUAAAAUAGAUUUACGAGAUGAUCGUGAAACUUUAAUUGCCUUAGCUGAACAAGGACUUAGUGCCAUAAAGAGAGAACAAGGACAAAAAUUGGCUAAUAAGAUUCGUGCUGUAAAAUACAUGGAAUGUUCUGCUCUCACACAACGUGGCUUAAAACAAGUAUUUGAUGAAGCAGUACGUGCAGUUUUAAGACCUGAACCACAAAAACGUCGACAGAGAAGAUGCAUUAUGUUAUAAAUUACAAGGGAAAUGGAAUCUCACUGAUAUAGCUGCAGUUCACCGUGUUACAAAUAAAGUACAAUUUACAACUUCCUGGUCCUAAUGUAAGUUGUAACACUGAAACAAGACUUGAAAGUUUAGACAACGAGAAAGUAUAAUAUUGUAAUAAUUUUACAACAUUACUUAUUAAAUCCAUAGAAAAAGUUUGGUACAAUUUUAUGCAGAGUGAACUUUUUAAAUUUAUAUCAUAGUACGAUUAUAUUUAUCGGUGAACUAGUCAGUAUGACGAUUAAUAGGAAACAAUCAUGAGAAAUAUGGUUUAAUGAUAGCUUUUCAUUUUAUUUUGCAGUAGACUUAUUGAUUAGAAGUAUACUCAUUAAAUUAUUAUAAUAUUGUGUGAAUGUGUUGUGUCUGUCAAAAAUAAGAUAAAAAAGAAUAACAAAGCUUUACUUAUCAUGGCUGCCAGAGUUUCGAUUUUUAUAUUUAUGACAGUAGAAAAAAGGAUAUAUUCAUUUUAGGAGGUAUACAUGUUAGUUACUGUAGCAAUCGAUAUACUAACAAAUUUUACAAGUUGAAAAAUUAGUAUCAUAGACUUAAAUAAACAGUGCCAUAGCAUCGAAAAAUCAAAAAAUCAAAGCCAGCACUUUUUACAUCAAUUGUAUGCAAUAAAAUUAUUAACAAGAUUAAUAAAUCUUUUGCAGUAAAAUGUCGAAUUUCUACGUAAAUAAUAAUGAAAUAAGAUGACACUAAGUUCGACAUUCAGCAAUGAGAACUUGUAGAUACUAUUUUGAAAAUUAUUACUAUUCUUCAUGGGAUACUUCAUUGUUUACAAUUUAAACAUUUUAUCAACAUAUGCAUAGUAAGAGAAUGAACCGUAGUGUAUUUUGUGUAUAUUGAUAUUUAUUGUAUUUUGAUUAUUUAAAAGUUAAGGAUAUAUAUUAAUAUUAUUUUAUUGCAAACAGAUAUCAAAUAUCAUACUUUUUAAUUCCAUUGUUGCAUGUAAUAGAUACAGUAUUGUACAGGUUGUGUGUUACAUAGAUACAAUCUGACUAUAGACAUUAUUGACAUUAUUGAGAGCCUAUGAAUUAUUUUUCAUAUAAAUAAGUGAGCUUAUUUUGCAAAAAUAAUAAUCAAAAUAAAUGCGGAAUAAUAAAAUAAAAAUAAUGUGAAAUAUCAAUGAUAAGGAUAUGAUGCUAUGCACAGUUACACAAGAAAGAGAAUAGCACAAUGUAUUUUAAAUAAAACCAUAACAUUUUUUUCGUUUAAAUAUUUAUAGAUUUAAACUAUUGCACUCACUAAUGAAAAGUAUGAACAUGGUGCAAAAGUCAGUGUUUGCUAUAAAAUUCACUGCAAUUACAGUUAAAAUUUUUAAAAGACUUUCAUUGAUUUAUAUUGAACUACAAAUUCAAAUGGUACUUGUGCCAUGGAUAUCAAAUAAAAACAUGCUCUAUAUAAGGGAUUCAAAUAUAACGUAGUGUGAUGAUAACAGAUAUAUUCCUCCACUUGUGAACAUGCUAUUUUUUAUAUUCAAAAAAUUUAGAAUAGAAAAGGAUAGGACUUGAGUGCCAUAUGCUUUUUAAUCUGUAAAACAACUGAAUGCCAUAUUCUGUUCGUGUUUAUAAUCAGUGUGAAUUUUGAGCAAAUUAUAACGCGAGUCCAUGAGUAAAGAAUUUUUAUCAUAGGUGAGAAUAUUCUAACAAGACAGUAAUGCUUGCUAGGUGUACAUACUGUAGCAUAGAAACAGAAAAUUUUGGAUUUCAAUCAGACAUAUAUAAGUUAUUUUUUUUUCCUUUAUACAAUUUUGAGUACAAUAAAACAUUCAAGUAAUUAGAUGUUUGAUUGAGAUUUAAAAUAUGUCUGAGAUGUUUGCAGUAAACUGUAUGCUAUAAUAUUGAACUUAAUUUUUAAAACUUAGAAUAUUGAUUUUUAUAAAUUAAUUGUACAUGAAAUUUCUUUAUAAACUUCAACAAAUUGAAGUAAACUAUAAUAUGAUAUUUUAAUAGCUGCUAGAGGAUAUCUUCCAGAUUAAGACAUGAUUUAAUGAUGCAAAUUGUUAACUAACAAUUUUAUGCAUCAAUAUUGCACAGUUUUAAAUACAAAGAAUAUUUCAUACCUUUUUGACAUUUUAAGCCAUAGGAAUUUAUCCAUAUGUACAAUCGUACAUAUGUAUCGCAUAACGCACUAAGUUUAGAGAAUAAACAUAUAACGUUUAUGUAUUAUAUUACUAUGUUAUAUAUAUAUAUAUAUCGAUUUGCAUUUAUUGUAAGUAGUGCAAUUCUUUUAUAUAGCUUUUCAAAAUAAUUUGAUUUGCUCAUAUCAUAGUAUAUUAAAAAAUAAAAAAAAAAAAUCUGUUAUAUCUUGAUAUAUCAAUGUAAUGCAUAUAUUCUGUUUUAAUUAAAAUCAAUAAUUGAAACUAUCGUGAUUAUAAAUAGAUUCAUAAAAAAAAAAUUAUCAAAUUUGGCAAGAGAUUUUAUAAUUUUUACAUAAUAUACAUAGUAUCAGUCGUAAAUAAAGUAUUAAUAAUAUAAAAAGUAAUGUUUUUAUUCACGAUAUACGAUGUAACAUGUUUUCGAGGCAGCUGUUUUAAAUAGUUUAGCUCUAUAUUUAACUAUAUGAGAUCAAAACUUUUUAUAAUUUUCUUUUUUUA